UUUGUCCUGAAAAACUAUGGGGAGAACCCAGAGAACUACAAUGAGGAGCUGCGAAAACUGGAGGUGCUCCGGCAGAGUGCCGUCAGCGUUCCCAGGGAUUUCGAGGGCUGCAGCACCCUACGGAAGUACCUGGGACAGCUACACUUCCUGCAGAGCCGCAUUCCCAUGGGAGCCGAGCAGGAGGCGGCCGUGCCCGUCACGUGGACAGAGAUCUUCUCGGGCAAGACAGUGACACAUGAGGACAUCAAGUAUGAGCAGGCCUGUGUCCUCUACAACCUGGGUGCUCUGCACUCCAUGUUGGGAGCCAUGGACAAGCGAGUGUCCGAGGAGGGAAUGAAGGUUUCCUGCACACACUUCCAGUGUGCCGCCGGAGCCUUCACCUACCUGCGGGAUCACUUCCCACACUCCUACAGUGUGGACAUGAGCCACCAGAUCCUCAGCCUCAACAUCAACCUCAUGCUGGGUCAGGCACAGGAGUGUCUCCUGGAGAAAUCCAUGCUGGACAACAGGAAGAGCUUCCUCGUGGCCCGGAUCAGUGCUCAGGUGGUGGAUUACUACAAAGAGGCCUGCAGGGCACUGGAAAACUCGGAGACAGCCUCACUGCUGGGAAAGAUCCAGAAGGACUGGAAGAAGCUGGUCCAGAUGAAGAUCUACUACUUUGCUGCUGUGGCUCAUCUGCACAUGGGGAAACAGGCAGAGGAGCAGCAGAAGUUUGGGGAGAGGGUCAUCUACUUCCAGAGUGCUCUAGAUAAACUCAACGAAGCCAUCAAGCUAGCAAAGGGACAGCCUGAAACUGUGCAGGAAGCCCUGAGGUUCACCAUGGAUGUGAUCGGUGGGAAGUACAACUCAGCCAAGAAGGACAACGACUUCAUCUAUCACGAGGCUGUGCCUGCUCUGGACACCCUGCAGUCUGUCAAGGGUGCUCCCUUGGUGAAGGCUCUCCCUGUGAACCCCACAGACCCGGCGGUCACUGGCCCUGACAUCUUUGCCAAGCUGGUGCCCAUGGCUGCCCAUGAGGCCUCAUCCCUCUACAGCGAGGAAAAGGCCAAGCUGCUGCGGGAUGUGAUGGCCAAGAUCGAUGCCAAGAAUGAGGUGUUGGACCAGUUCAUGGACUCCAUGCAACUGGAUCCUGAAACUGUGGAUAACCUGGAGAUGUACAAUCACAUCCCUCCCGUGUUGAUGGAGAAAUGCGCUGCGCUCAGCGUGCGUCCGGACACUGUCAAGAACCUCGUCCAGUCCAUGCAGGUGCUCUCGGGGGUCUUCACGGAUGUGGAGGCUUCGCUGAAGGAGAUCCAGGCCCUGCUGGAGGAGGAUGAGGCACAGGAGCAGCAGCUGCAGGAGCUGCUGGGGAAAGCCCCCCCGGCCCCGGGCUCUCCUCCGGGGCUGGCUGAGGUCAGCAAGGAGUGUUCCAAGUACCUAGAGCUGCACCAAAAGGCGAGUUACACCAACACGGAGCUGCACCGAGCCAUGAACCUGCACCUGGGCAACCUGCGCCUGCUGGGCGGCCCCCUGGAGCAGGUCCGGGCUGCACUGCCCACCCCCACACUCACUGAAGAGGACAAGCAGGUGCUACAGCACCUGAAGCGGAUCCUGGCCAAGGUGCAGGAGAUGCGUGACCAGCGCCUGUCCCUGGAGCAGCAGCUGCGGGAGAUGAUCCAGAAGGAUGACAUCACCUCCUCGCUGGUCACCACCGACCGCUCUGAGAUGAAGAAGCUCUUUGAGGAGCAGCUGAAGAAGUAUGACCAGAUCAAGGUGUACCUGGAGCAGAACUUGGCAGCUCAGGAGAAUGUGCUCAAGGCCUUGACUGAUGCCAACGUGAAGUACGCAGCUGUGCGCAAGGCCCUGGCCGAGGUGGAGCACAAGUGGAACACUACCGUCCAGACCCUGGUGGCCUCCUACGAAGCCUACGAGGACCUGAUGAAGAAGUCUCAGGAAGGAAAGGACUUC